GCGUGGCUGCUUGGGCUUCCUUUUUGUCUCUUUUCUUCCUGUAGUGGCACCGGGAGCUGAGGCUCCUCCGGCCUUCGGCCCUCCCUCAGUCCCACCGUCUCCCGCGGCCUCUUCCUGCUCCUGCCGCUCCUGGAGAGCUGAGCUGCCCCCAGGAAUCGGAGUUCUGCCUUCUGAGCCCUCUGUCCUCCAAGAGGGUGGGAAUGGCCCCUGUAUUUCUGACGGCGCCAGGCUGCAAAGUCCAGAGGGAAUCAGUGACAUUCAAAGAUGUGACUGUGCAUUUUACCCAGGAAGAGUGGGGAAACCUGGAUCCUUCUCAGAAGGAGUUGUACAAGGAUGUGAUGUUAGAGAAUUACAGGAACCUUGUCUUCCUAGGACUUACAGUUUGGAAACCAGAUGUGAUCUCCCAUUUGGAAGAAGGAGAAACACCUUGGAUACAGGACUCAGAAGUACUUUGGAGCACCUCUCCAGAUUGGGUGACCGGGCCUGGAACUAAGCAGUUAACAGAGAAAAGACUUAGAAGGGAUGGUUCCUAUGUCUUUAAAUUGGGAGAAGCAUUGAAAUAUUAUGUCACUUUGGAGAAGCAGGAGCAGAACCAUGAGGAGAAACAUUCUAGAAUUCAUAUUGGAGAAAAUCUUCAUAAAAGUCAUGAAUAUACCAAGGCCUUCUGGAACACACACAUGGUUGAUCAUCAAACAAUUCACAGUAGAGAGAAGCCUUAUGAAUGUAAUUAUUGUGGAAAGGCAUUCCGCUCAAGCUCAUACCUUAUUCAACAUCAGAGAACUCAUACUGGGGAGAAACCUUAUGAAUGUAGUGAUUGUGGAAAAACCUUUCGCUGGAGCUCACAAUUUACUCAGCAUCAAAGAUUGCAUAGUGGAGUUAAACUUUAUAAAUGUAAUGAUUGUGGGAAGGUAUUCCCGAAUAGGACAUACCUCACUGAACAUCAGAGAAUUCAUACAGGAGAGAAGCCUUUUGAAUGUAAUGAUUGUGGGAGGACCUUCCGAUGGAGCUCACAGUUUACUCAACAUCAAAGACUGCAUACUGGAGUGAAACUUUUUAAAUGUGAUGAUUGUGGGAAGGUAUUCCCCAAUAAAACGUACCUUAGUGAACAUCAGAGAAUUCACACUGGAGAGAAACCUUAUGAAUGUAAUGACUGUGGGAAGACCUUCCGAUGGAGUUCACAGUUAACUCUUCAUCAGAGAACUCAUACUGGAGAGAAACCUUAUAAAUGUAACAAUUGUGAAAGGGCCUUCCGUAGUAAAUUACACCUUACUCGACAUCAAAGACUUCAUACUGGAGAGAAACCUUAUGAAUGUCAUGAAUGUGGUGAGUCCUUCCGAUGGAGCUCGCAGUUAACUGUACAUCGGAAAAUUCAUACUGGAGAUGCUCCUUAUAAAUGUGAUGAUUGUGGAAAGGUCUUCUGUUGGAGCUCACAGUUUAUUGAACACCAAAGAAUCCAUACUGGAGAAAAACCCUACAAGUGUAAUGAUUGUGGAAAGGCCUUUGGCUGGCUCUCACAGUUUACUAGACAUCUAAGAAUACAUACAGGAGAGAAAACCUAUAAAUGUUAUGAAUGUGGAAAGACCUUCCUUGACAGCACAUAUCUUACUGAACAUCAGAGAAUUCAUACUGGAGAGAAGCCUUAUGAAUGUAAUGACUGUGGAAAGGUCUUCCACUGGAGUUCAUACCUUACUCAACAUCAGAAAACUCAUACUGGAGAGAAGCCUUAUAAAUGUAAUGAAUGUGGAAAGAACUUCUGCUGGAGGUCACAGUUUACUCAACAUCAGAGACAGCAUACUGGAUUGAAGUUAUAUAAGUGUAAUGAUUGUGGGAAAUCCUUUCUUAACAAGACGUACCUUACUCAACAUAGGAGGACUCAUACCAGAGAGAAGCCUUAUAAGUGUAAUGAGUGUGGAAAGAACUUCCGCUGGAGCUCACAGUUUACUCAACAUCAGAGACUUCAUACUGGAGUGAAACUGUAUCCAUGUAAUGACUGUGGGAAGUCAUUCCUUAGUAACACAUACCUUACUCAACAUAAGAGGACUCAUACAAGAGAGAAGCCUUAUAAGUGUAAUGAUUGUGGGAGGACCUUCCGAUGGAGCUCACAGUUUACUCAGCAUCAAAGACUGCAUACUGGAGUGAAACUUUUUAAAUGUGAUGAUUGUGGGAAGGUAUUCCCCAAUAAAACAUACCUUAGUGAACAUCAGAGAAUUCAUACUGGAGAGAAGCCUUUUGAAUGUAGUGAUUGUGGGAGGGCCUUCCGAUGGAGUUCACAGUUAACUAUACAUCAGAGAACUCAUACUGGAGAGAAACCUUAUAAAUGUACCAAUUGUGAGAAAGCUUUCCGUUGCAAAUUAAAUCUUAACCGACAUCAGAGAAUUCAUACUGGAAAAAAAUAAGUAAUAAUUGUCAAUGGCCUUUGAUUAGCUCUCUCAGCUUAUAUGCUAUCUGUAAAUUCAUACAGGAGAAAAAUACCUAUAUAACAGAUUCAGAAAGACUUUCCUCAACAGCACAUACAUUCCUGAAAUAUUAGAGAAUUCAUACUGGAGAGAAGUCUUCUGAAUGUAAUGAUUGUGAGAAUGCCUUCCAUACCAACCCACAUCUUACUGGACAUAAGAGACUCCAGACUAGAAAGAAACUUCAUGAAUGUGGGAACAUUUUCCACUGGAGCUCACAAUUUACACAGUAUUAGCGAACACAUACUCUUAGAAAGUUCUUGUGAGAGUUUUUUUCUCAAGUGACAACUUAACUGAACAUCAGAGAAUGUAUACUGCAGAGAAACAUGAAUGUGGAAAGGCCUUUCAUGAAAAGUGAGGUGUUUUUCAGUAUUGGUUAACUCAUGCUGGAGAGAAACCCUAUAAACCCAAUGAAUGUGGAAAGAUCUUUGAGAGCAGAGCUCUUACUCAAAGUCAUAGUGCUCAUAUUGGAAAAAACUUAUGGAGAUAAAAACUUGUGAAUGUAAUUGAGAAGGCUUUCAGCUAGUUGAGCUGAGUCUGAAAGGAAAUCAGUAAUUGAAUGAGGAGAUUUAAAAUUAGAGGGCAAUUCAGGUAUGGGAUUCAAAGAGUUCAAAGACAAAGUUGUAAUCUGGAUCAAUAUCUUAUCAAGAUUCUCCUGAAGCAUUUCUCCCUACCCCCCCCACUCCCCAAACUUUGCCGUGUAGAUUAGGAUAGGUCUUGCCCUGAAAGGCAAGGAAGGUAACCCCAAGACGUAACUGGUAAGUAGGCCAAGUCUCAAGCUGUCUAACUUUUGAUGCAGCUUCUCCAAGUUAUGUUAAGAUAGCUUCCUAGUCACCUAAGAACAUAAAAAAGCUGGACUCCCAAUUCUUGGGGUAAAUUUAGCACAUUCUUCCCUGCUAACCAGAUUUGUUUCCACAUGUAGAUGAAAGGUGGCCUGUCUACCCAAGCUAAAUGUUGCACCCUUAUUGAGUAUCUUUUUUAUGCUAUGGCUAAUUAAUCUUUUAAUUGUUGAAUGAAUAUAAGUAUCUCAUUCCAUUAUAAUAUUUGACUUAAAUUAGUAGACCAGCUUGAGACAGGCCUGGUCCACAACAUUCCAUUUUUCUGGAUCAAAGUGCAUGAAGAGGAGUAACAUGUAAGUACACCAGAGAGGUAAGAAGGGCGCUGAGUAGAAAGAACUUUUAAUGUCAGAGAUGUUUUUUUUUUUUCUAGAGCAGGUUCCCCACCCCUAGAGGGACUAAGGAGCCACUGGAGUUCUUUGUGUAGGAGACCUGUAAGUUAAGAAAAUCACUGGAUGUGUGGAAGAUGGACUUGAGUAGAAAGAGGCUUAACGUAAAGAAACCAAAUAGGCUAUGUGCAAUAGUCUGAGUGAGAAGUGUGAUGAGGACCUGAAUUAAGGUGGAGUUCCAUGGGUGAAAAAAAUGGGAAAUAUGUCCAUCUUUGUAGAGAGACAAUUGAUAAAGUUUGACAGCUGAUUGGAAGUUGGGAGUAAGAAUGAGUGAGGAUUACACAGGGGUUGGGGACAUGGGUGACUGGAAGGAAUUGUGUCUUGUACAGUAAUAGGAACAGUCUGAUGAACAGUGGUUUCAGGGAGGUGAAAAGAUAAUGAAUUCUAUCAUCUCUAUGAGAAACCUGUGGGGAAAUCUGGUUAAGAUGCCUGUUAGAUAGUGUAGAUGCUGUGUGAUAUGGAACUGAAGUUCAAGAGAGAGCCUAUGGUUAGAUAUAUAAAUCUGGAAAUUUUUUGCUUCAAGAUAAUAAUUACAUCCUGGGAUAUGAUGACAUAGCUAAAGAAGAAAAGGUAGAGAAAAGAAGGCCCAGUACAGAACCUUGUGUUGUACCUACUGUUAGUAGAAAUGUCACAGAUGAAGAUUGAGCAAAGGAGAAGAAAGAGUGAUAAGCCAGGUAAGAGGAGAACCAGGAGAGAACAAUAUUAAAAAAACCUAGAAAGGAAAGUAUAGUAAACAGUAUUAAGUGCUGCAAGCAGGUCAAGAAUGAUGGCACCACUUGUUGGUUUAUAUUGUACCCAACAAGUUAAGGUAUGAGUUGUACUAGAUGGCAGCUGAGCUUCCUUUGAACUCUAGAAUCUUAUAAUUGAAUACUUUGACCCAAUGAACCCUGAUUUGUUUUAACCAUUUAAAAAUUAUAAAUUAUCCAUUAUCAAUUGAUCAAACUACAAAAUAAAAAUAAAUCAUU